UAUUAUUAUUCAUAAAAAGACAGGCAAUUGAUAUUGCCCCCUUUAAAUCAUUAUGAUGUCAAUAGUUGAUUUAAGAGACAUUCUUCCUUUAUUUCCACUACAGGUACAGAGUUUGAAUAUGAAGAGGAUGAGAAACAUAUGGUAGAGUACAGCAGAGAGAAGACCCGUCAGUGUUCACAUUGCAGUGAGGAAUUCAUUGAUGAGAAUUCUUUAAUAUCACACCAGAAAUUACUGGAUGGACAAUGUGAUCCUACAAGCCAUGAGAAGACGCAUCAGUGUUCAUAUAGCAGUGAGGAAUUCAUUGAUGAGAAUUCUUUAAUAUCACACCAGAAAUUACCGGAUGGACAAUGUGAUCCUACAAGCCAUGAGAAGAUGCAUCAGUGUUCACAUAGCAGUGAGGAAUUCAUUGAUGAGAAUUCUUUAAUAUCACACCAGAAAUUACCGGAUGGACAAUGUGACCCUACAAGCCAUGAGAAGAUGCAUCAGUGUUCACAUAGCAGUGAGGAAUUCAUUGAUGAGAAUUCUUUAAUAUCACACCAGAAAUUACCGGAUGGACAAUGUGACCCUACAAGCCAUGAGAAGACGCAUCAGUGUUCACAUAGCAGUGAGGAAUUCAUUGAUGAGAAUUCUUUAAUAUCACACCAGAAAUUACCGGAUGGACAAUGUGAUCCUACAAGCCAUGAGAAGACGCAUCAGUGUUCACAUAGCAGUGAGGAAUUCAUUGAUGAGAAUUCUUUAAUAUCACACCAGAAAUUACCGGAUGGACAAUGUGAUCCUACAAGCCAUGAGAAGACGCAUCAGUGUUCACAUUGCAGUGAGGAAUUCAUUGAUGAGAAUUCUUUAAUAUCACACCAGAAAUUACCGGAUGGACAAUGUGAUCCUACAAGCCAUGAGAAGACGCAUCAGUGUUCACAUAGCAGUGAGGAAUUCAUUGAUGCGAAUUCUUUGAUAUUACACCAGAAGUCACCUAAUGGAAAAUGUGAUCCUACAAGCCAUGAGAAGACGCAUCAGUGUUCACAUUGCAGUGAGGAAUUUAUUGAUGAGAAUUCGUUGAUAUCACACCAGAAGUCACCUAAUGGAGAAUGCGAUCCUACAAGCCAUCCUGGAAUAAAGUCAGGAGAGGGAUAUUGCGAUGAAUCAUUUGAUAGCAUAGAAAUUCUUUUAACCCAUCAAAUGACCCACAAUGGAGAAACACCUUAUCUUUGCUCAUAUUGUGAGAAGGAAUUCUCAGAAAUGACAGAUCUUAUCUAUCACAUGAGAACGCAUCCAAAAGAGAAGCCUUAUCUUUGUUCUCUUUGUGAGAAAACAUUUUCUUCCACAGCUCGUCUUAAUAGGCACAUAAUGGCCCAUACUAAAGAAAAGCCUUAUCAUUGUUCUUAUUGUGAGAAGGAAUUUUCGUAUAAAAGUAGUCUGAACCGUCAUAUAAGAACACAUAUUAAGUGUUUUCAGUGCUCUGAAUGUAGUAAAAGAUUUUCACAAAGAAUGUAUCUUGUCUGUCAUAUGAGGAAACAUAUGAAAGAGAAGUCUUAUCUUUGUGAGAAACGGUUUUCAAACAAGGUUGAUCUUGAGCCUCAUACUAUGACACAUACUAGUGAGAGAAAUCACCCAUGCCCUCGUUGUGAGAAAAUAUUUCAUAGUAAGAAUGACCUUACCUGUCAUAUAAGGACAUGUGAUGGAGAAAAACCUUAUUCUUGCCCAAAGUGUUGGACAAGAUUUCGUUGCAAGAAUGAUCUUUCUCUUCACUUAAGAACACAUGAAGGAAUAUUGUCUUUGUUAACCAAUACACUGUAGGGGUGACUGUGAAAUCUCUAACAAUUGAUUUAUAGCUCUCUCUCUCUCUCUUGUAUCCUUUCCCCGUUAAAGUCGGAGAUCGCUGGCAUCAGUAGAAAUUAAUGCAGACACUUCCUAAGGGUUGUUAGAGCUAGAAAAGUUGCUGAGGUGGUUUUUGCGGGUUGUGUGAAGAUUGCGGAUGAAGUAUAAAAUAAGUGUGGGGAGCCGGGUUUGACUGGCAUUGCUGAGGUGCACAGGGGGGGGGGGAAUAAAAUACACUCUAGCAAUUGCUGAGGGUCUGUCUCAAAGAAACUUACAUUACAAAUCUUCUGAUAUUGUCAUUUACCAGAUAGCAAGGCUAUCUAGCUCUAAGAAGAGCUGGUGUGGUGAGAAAGCUCAUUAUAGACAUAAUAAUAAGGCAAAUGAGUUUUGUAGGACAUCAUAAUUAGAAAAGAUAAUACUGAAUAUUUAGCAUUGAUGGGGAAGAUAAGAGGUUAGAGGAGAAAACAGAUGAAUUGGAUGACUGGAUUACAGAGAGAGAGGUGUGGAUCAGCAGGUGGAGCUGAUUCAAACAGCAAGGAACAAAGAUUUGUGUUAUGCCAUAAUCGUCAUCUACGGAUAAUGGCACUCAAAGGUCACGUCCACCCCAGAAAAAUGUUGAUUUGAAUAAAAAAGAAAAAUAAACUAGUA